CGAUGACGCGGACGGGGAGAGACCGUCCGCGAAAAGGAAGGAGGAGCCCGCUGUCGCCCGGUCUCUCCCGCGCGGCGCCCGCGCAGGAGGAGGAACGCGCGCCGCCUCUACGGAGGAUCGAUCGAACGAGCGCGCUCGCCGCCGCGGAGUUGGGCAUGCUCGCCGCCGCAUCGGACGGGAACAAGACGGCGGUGUACCGCCACGUGUCGCGCGGGGGGGUGUCGCUCGGGGCGGCGGACCGUGUCGGGGACACCGCGCUGCACCGCGCGGCUCGCGGCGGCUGCGUCGGGUUGAUAAAGACGGUGCUCAAGGCGGCGGGGCGAGGGGACCCCCGCCAGCCCUCGCGACGCGAGCUGAUGGACGCGACGAACGCGGCGGGGCGGACUCCGCUGCAGGUUGCCGUCGACGCCAAGCGCGUCAAGGCGGCCAGGUUCCUGCGAAGGGAGGGAAGCGCGGACCCGAGGGGGGAGCUGGACGCGCUGCAGGGAGCGCCCUUCGGGGACGGGUACGCGAGCUCGAGCGGGUACUCGUCGUCGGCGGUGUCGGACACGGGUUCGUCCGACGCGGGAUCCGACGUGGCAUCCGACGUGGCAUCCGACGUGGCAUCCGACCUCGCCUCGGACUCGGACUCCGAGCUCGAGCGCGGGGGGCCGAGGGGCGGGCUCGACGGGCGGGCGGCUCGAGGGAGACGAACGAAGGGUACGGGCGGGUCGCAGACGUGGGCCGGCCACGGCGCUCCCGCGACGUACGACUACUCCGCGUACGGCCGGCUCGGAACCUCCGAGUACGCCACGUCGGAUGCCACGUCGGACGGAGGAGGGGUAUCGUCCGACGACGGCGGGUUCAGGGCGUGCGGCGGGUGGUCCGACGUCCCCACGCCGAGCGGAAGCGAGGUGGAGAGCGACGCGGGGUCGCUGUGGAACAGCGAGUCGGAGAGCGAGUGGGGCGGGUCCCGCUCGGAUGCCACGUCGGAUGCCACGUCGGAGGGGGAGCUGGACGAGGGUCACGGAGACCGCGCGCGGUACCCCUCGUUCCUUCGAUGACGAGCGCUCGUUCGCGUGUGUGUGCCGGGUCGUCGAACAAGCGUGGCACAUGUCGGUACGUGUAUAGAUAAGAUUGUUAGCGCAAAAUAGACUAUGGUCCAUAAGGUCAUCGCUUCUUC